AUGUUGGGUCUCUUGCUGUUGGUUGAGUCUUGUCCAACUGCGGGAGAGGAAGUGGACUCCCGUCGCCUCCCGGUUGACACAGAAGCCCACAUCUUUACACCCAGCUUCGUUUGGGGAGAAAAAAAACCUUUUAGGUGGCAGAAUGGCUCCAGGCCAGGCCUGCGGACUGCACCCAGGGACAGCGUGGUGCUGCGGGUAUGGCAGGAGACCUGGUGCCUUGAAGAGUCCGACAAGAUAGAGUCAUCCCUCCGUAGUAUCGAGAAAUUUGUUCCUACAGACUUUGCCAGCUACACGCAAGAGCAUUAUCGGUUUGCAGGCAAGAAGAUCAUCAUCCAGGAAUCCAUUGAGAGCUUUGGCACGGUGGUGUGGCCAGGGGCUACAGUUUUGUGCCAGUAUUUGGAAGACCAUACUGAAGAAUUAAAUCUCCAAGAUGCUAAAAUACUUGAAAUCGGUGCCGGACCAGGACUUGUUUCCAUCGUGUCCAGUCUUUUAGGAGCCCAAGUCACAGCAACAGAUCUGCCUGAUGUCCUAGGGAAUCUUCAAUACAAUCUUUUAAAAAACACACUGGAACGUGCAGCUCAUCUACCUGAAGUGAAGGAACUGGUAUGGGGGGAAGACCUGGACCAGAAGUUCCCUAAGUCAAACUUUUAUUACGAUUACAUCCUGGCCUCUGAUGUGGUCUACCACCACUACUUUCUCGAUAAGCUUCUGGCUACCAUGGUGCACCUUUCCCAGCCGGGCACUGUGGUGCUCUGGGCAAACAAAUUCAGAUUCAGCACUGACUAUGACUUUUUAGACAAGUUCAAGCAAGUUUUUGAUACCACUCUCGUGGCUGAACAUUCGGAGUCAUCAGUGAAACUUUUUAAAGGGAUACUAAAAUGGGACUGAUAUGUAAGGGACCUGCCUUUCAAAGUACCAGUGUCUUGUGAGCUCUCAGAAGGCACACUCUACCAUACUGGUAUAGCUAGAAUAAGUGCAACUCAGUACGACACCUUUCCAAGAUGAUAAAACACCAUGGUCAGUCUAAGUAUCUACAGAGAGCAACACAGAAACAAGAAAGCUGUCUUGCUAACUUCCCAAGAGCCUUAGUUAAGUGCUGAAUAUAUUUUACACAAAGAAGUUAAUGAACAAGUGGGUUCUUCCUACUUGUUUCUACUAUACUGCCUGGACUUAAUGUGUGCCGAUAUGCUUUUGUCAUAAUUACUGACAUGCAGCUUAACAGGGUCUGUGUAGCCCAGGGCAAUUUUGAAAUAGAUACACACCAGCCUUAGUCUCCUGAUUACAGGUUUUGUGCCACAGUGAUUGGCAUACUGCGGCUAGGAGUACAUGGGCUGUAGCAGAGAGAUGGUAACACUGAUUAAAGGUGCAAACAGGAAUCUCCCGGAAUGAAGUUGAGAGCACCGGCGAUACGGUCAUGGGGCCAGGAGUACAGAUCUCAGCGCCCAUAUAACAAGCUGCUGUUCAGCAAACAACUCUUUACAGCCCUAAGGGAUCUGAUGCCCUCUUCUGGACUCAAAGCACCACAGGUACACACACUGACACAUACCUGUGCACACUCAGAUACCACAUAUGUAUCUAAAUGAAAAUUUCUCUAGAGAACUUAUACUUUACCUCAACUACAUGUAAAAUUUCCCAUUAGACUUCUAUAUUGCCUGUUUUCCCCCCACAAAUUUCUUAUUAAAAUUCUUACAACAUUAGAAAAGAAUGCAAUUACUUGUUCAUAAGACAUCAUAAAAAUGAAAAAUACGUAUCACAAGGCUGGGGGGUAUCAGUUAGUAAUAUGUUUGCCACAUAAGUGUGAAGAUCUGGAUUCAAUCCUUCAGAACCAUAUUAAAAGCUGGGCACAAGCGCUAUCCUCCUGCAAUCCCAGUGAUGGAUACAGGAAGA